AUGAAAGCAUGACACAAGGUAUCGAUACUACACACACUCUGUCUCUAAAUCAAAGGGAAUGCUUACAGCCUGAAUUCUACAUCGGUUCCCUUAAAUCUGAGAUAGAUUCCAAGCGUGUAAGCUGCUAGUAAGUCAUGCUCCAAUUUUCGCGUCACCAAUCCGUCGAGCCCCCCAUGUGCCAAAAGGUCAAAUCUCACUUUCUAUACAGUUAUAUGUCGUACCGUUUCCUGAUAAAUGCAUGAAGUAUAGAUAACUGAGCUCGCAACGGCGUACGUAGGGACCCACUGCCCUACGGUCCACGUGUAACGAUCACGUGCUAGGACUGUGUUUGAUGUUCGACUUGCGCGCGUCCUACCAUUGCUCCCAUAAGUGAUUCCAUAACGGUCCCCACGCCACAGUCUUGACCGUCUUUGUGUUCUAAAACGGGUCUAUCCACAGAAGCCACAGUCACCUUUUUGGUCAUCGGAAUCAAGCACAAAGUGUGGUUGUGGUUGAAGGCAUAUAAAAGCUUCAUCUUCCCGUAACCCACCUCGAGCACGUACCUGCUUCCCUCACAGAGACCGAACGUCCUAUCACACCCCCGCAGUCUUGUCCGGAGGUCCCAACUGAUCCUGACCUGCAAGCGUCGCCCCAUAAGGCCACCAACACAACACUUGGAAAGAACAAGGACAACAUCCAAUAUCGUGUCAUUGCGCAAGAAGAGAUGGACACAUCUAUCUAUCAAGAGGAUCUCGACGAGUGGUUCUCGAAAUUUUUGCCAGGUAAAGAUGGUGAAAACCUCAGCUUCAAACGGGAAGAUCUUCCUGAAGAAUUCCGGGAAAAGAAGUUUCACUUUGACGAAGUUAAGUUCGACGCGAAUAGUGACAAUCCUAGGAUCAAACUGGAAAAGGACCUCUAUCAUAUCCUGUGUCCUGUAAUACAGAACGUCUUUGACCUUGCCGCUCACAGGUCAACUGAGGAAGCUCCUGGGGAUCUGCUCAAAAUUCGAGACACAAGUCUUUGGCCCGAGGGGAGUGACAAUAAAUUAUGUCCUGAUUUGCUCGUUCACAGGGACUCCGUGUCUCGGCCCUUCGAGCUCGAAGAUGCCCGCAAGAAGACUGUUACUUCGAAAUCGCAUAGGAAAUUCGUUGGACGCGCUGCUUACUCGUGGAGUCUGCUACCCGGCGAGGCCAAAAUCAAGGAUGACGGCUUCGGUUUGGGUAACCAAUUGAACCUUCCUGACACCAAGGCCAGUCGUCGAACUCGUGGACAGUUCGCUGAGUAUAUCUCUGAGAUUCUCGCUCGACAACAUCGUCAGUUCACGUUUGCGUUCUAUAUCUACAAGAAUUGGGCUCGGUUCUUCAUCGUCGACAGGGUUGCUUCCGUGACUACCCCGGCGUUCGACUAUGUCAAGGAUCCGUACACGUUUCUGAAAUUCUUCUAUCGUCUGGCUCAAGCUGACGCCUCGGCACAGGGUUAUGACCCCACUGUCACGCUCGCAUCAUCUACCAGCAUCUCCACUCUCAAGGAGCAUAUGAUUACCAACCAUGGGGCUAUCCAACCGUUCAUUGACGACGCUAUGAAUGAUGCUUUUGCUCACGAAUCGACUUCUAUUUGGCCUCUCUACGAGGUCCAAGUUCACGAUGAGGAGUCCGGAAACAUGUCGCCCUUUCUUAUUGGAAAGCCUCGGACACCCGCUGCUUCUAUGUUUGGUCGUGCAACGAAGGGCUAUAUUGCAUUUGAUUUGGUCAAGCAUGACUUCGUCUGGUUGAAGGAUGCCUGGCGUCUGGACUCACCGGAUUCUCAUCCUGAAUGGGAAGUCUAUAAAAAACUUAAGGACGCCGAUGUUAAGAACACUGCUACGAUGCGAUGUGGCGGUGAUGUGCAUGGCCACAAGUUACAGUGCACUCUUUCUCAGGCGAAGCUUAGUCUUGCGCGGCUGAAACCCAGGAUUCACUGUCGCCUUGUCAUCAAUGAGAUCGGGUGUCCACUGGAAACGUAUGAGACAAGUUCAGACUUGAUAUUCUUCGUCUUAUGUGCAUUCCAAGCACAUGAAGAUGCAUGGGUGAAAGCUGGAGCACUCCACCGGGAUGUUAGCAAUAAUAAUAUCUUGAUUGUCUACGAGAAUGGAGAAAUACGUGGCAUACUCAUAGAUUGGGAUCUGUGCAAGUACGCAUCUCAGCUAACAGAACCCAAGGCAACUCACAAGAAUAGAUCGGGUACCUGGCAGUUCAUCUGUGCCGCUCGCCUUCGGUACCCCAAAAAAUACUCCGAACUCGCAGACGACAUCGAAUCAUUUGUGCAUGUUAUCAACUGGUGUGCUCUACGAUACCACCAACACAGUCUUCUAGCGGACCCUGAAGCCUUCUCUAUAUUCAUCCAUCAAAUGUUUCUCAGUUGCUCCACCUCUUCAGACGGCCUUCUCUACGGAUGUGCAGGGAAAUGGAAUACCAUAAUGGCGGGUGACCCAGGCUUCAGGCUGACCUCCGACGAGCGGUUCCAGAACAUUAUAAACGAGCUCAUGCGGCUUUGCAACAGCCAUUAUCGCUCCCUCGACCUUGAGGAACUCGAGAAAUUCCGGUCGGCUGACAUCAAUAGAGAACAAGAACGAAUCGACUCGGAAGCAUCUGCUACCGACGAGGCAUCUAUCAUAGUGAAACCCAAACGAAAAACGAAUGCCUUAAAGUUGUCAUAUGGGCCCGAGGCGAAAGCAAAAUACAAGGUCGUGCCAUCUGGAGUUGCAAAUGUUAAUCCAGAGCCCCCAGUGCGUACUCUGGAUGAACAUGCAUACAUCGGUCAGGCGUUGCUUGAUGCGAUAGAACCUGAGGACUGGAAGUGUAAACGGAUACCCGGGAUCGACUACUUCAACAAAAUGCUCGAUGUUAAUCUCACCAUUGGGCGCGGAACUAUUGCAGGGACGCAAUCUUUUACAACUUCUUCUCAGAAACGCAACCGUCCUCCCCAAGUUUCCGGAAGCGUGAAACCGAAGAAGCCCAGACGAUCUCCUACUGGUGCGACCAGUGUGGACGCAUCCACUUCCGAGCUUGCUGACUUGCCUGAAGAGGAGGAAGAUGUUAGUGCUCGGAGCGCCAGUCUGCAGCCUCCCGAGAUUGUUGCAGCUGGCGGUUCGAGCUUGGAAGAUGACGAUGAAGCGGGAGUGAAGUCUGUCCCCAUUGCCAAGUUACAUGAUGUCGCGGACUGAGAUAUCGAGCUAGCGUUACGUAGUAGGUAUAUCGUACUAUGUGACUCGCUAUCAUGAGUGCGCCUAACCAGUUAUGAGAUGUACCGUAUGCUAAGCUUUGAACUACCAGGUCUCGACGACCACCGUCAGACUCAAUGGAUAACCUACUGUACAUCAAUGGACACGAGCGGAGACUUUGAGACAUGAACGCCGUGACCUGAUUUCUUUCUAAUC